AUGGAGAACGUUCAAAACGACGAACAAGUCUCGAUAACUGUGGAUGAUGGUGAAAUUGUGAUGGCUGAUUCGGAAAGUGAUUCGACUAGUACUUUUGGUUCUGAGGGAUUUGGGGCUUUCACUCGGAAUGGGAUGUUCAAACUAGAGGAAAGAGAUAGGCAUUAUAACAAGAUCAAGGAACGCUUUCUCAUGGGUAUGGGAGCAUUUAGAAAAUACACGAAUGUUGUGGCUAUACAUAUAAACAAAUGUUCUGGUAAUUUAAUCAAGCGAGCCCGAUCUGUAAUGUUUCAGAGUUUCUCUGAUGCUGUGGCAAAUAAAUGUGGUGGGGAUGCUGAUUUACAGAAAUGCUUGGUAUGGUUCUUCAAGGGAUGA